AUGUCUGAGUCUGGGAUGGGAUCAGGAUCAGGAUCAAUGUUGCCCACAGGUGUUGAUUCGCGAGUAACGGCGGCAAGUGUCGCCACUGCUAGCACCACUUUUCCAACCAUUAAUCACAGGGUCUUAUUGUCGUUAAGGGAGGGCGCCAAAGUCAUAGGUACCAAGGGAGCGACCAUUCAACGGAUCAGGGAGAACAAUGAUGUCAAGAUCGGGCUCUCUGAGAAACAGGCAGGGUGCUCGGAUAGGGUGUUGUCGUGUGCCGGUAGAAUACCCAACGUGGCCAAUGCGUUAGGAGAGAUUGUGGAGGUACUAAACGAUUAUGACGCCAGUCAUGAUACAGAAGGCAAUUCAAUUGGUGCGGUGAAGUAUCCGUACCACUUUUUGAAUCCAAUCUUGCCACCGCCUUCAAAGGAUGAGAUCAAGGAUUCUGAGCAGCUGAAGAAUAUUGGAUCGUUGAGGCUAUUAACUACAAACUCUCAAUUGUCUUCGAUAAUCGGUAAAGGGGGAUGUAGAAUCAAAUCAUUAAUCGAUAAACACGGUGUUAAAAUCGUGGCGUCGAGAGAUUUUUUACCUGAUAGUGACGAAAGAAUAUUAGAAAUGCAAGGAUUUCCGGGUUCCAUUACCAUAACCUUGAUGGAAAUUAGUGAAAUAUUAUUGAAUGAAAUCGAUAUCAAUUUCGGUUCUGAGACUCGUUAUUAUCCGCAUUUAAGAUCUCACAGUUCAGCAAAUUCUCAUCCAAACACCUAUCCUCAACCACAUGUAUAUCAAAAUCAAGGUGGCAAUACAAAUUUAAGAGCCACCAACAGACAGUACAAUUCAUCAGCAUCACACAACAUUCCUAGGAAUGUUUCAACUAAUAUUGCAAUCACACCAAAUAAAUCAAAUUGGUCAAGUGGUACAGAUAAUGAGAAGCGCUAUUCUAAUGAAUUCAAAGUUAUUUUAAGGGUUCCAGAAAUUUAUGUUGGAGCCAUUGUAGGCCGUCAAGGUAAUCGAAUUGCCAAUUUGAGGAAAUUUUCAAAGACAAAAAUUAUAGUAGAUAAAAAGGAUGAAUCUGCAGAUCCAACAAAUUCGCAUAGAAAUUUUACUAUUACUGGUGACCUUUUGAAAAAUGUUAAAUUGGCGGAAUCCAUGUUACUGAAAAAUCUAGAUGCAGAAAUCGAAAGACGUCAAGAAAGAGUCAAAUCAAAACUUUCAAAAGGUAAUUGA